AUGUCUUGCAACUCAAAUUGGGUGCGACGUAUUUUUCCUCCUCCUCUCUUUCCCUCCCUCUCUUUCCCCAUCCGACCACGUUCUGCUCGACUCUUGACGACCGCUUCAACUAGUCGACUCACCCCGGCCCAAGUUUGAUUUCGGCUCUCCUUUCCUCUCUCCCGACCGACUCUGCCAGACUUAGCCUACCCCCCGCUCCCAGGCUCAGCCCGAAUUUGCUCCCUUCGUCUUUCUCCUGCCCCUUCGCUACCUCUGGAAACCACCUGUCGCCAUGUCUGUCGAGCUCAGCCACGAGAAGAUUAUCGAUGACGGUUCCGACCACAACAAUUCGGCCGUCGACCUCAACGCCCGUCGCCGUGCUGCGCUCGAGGCGCUCGACAACAAGCCUUUCGGCUGGUUCCACGUCAAGGCAUGCUUAGUCGCCGGUGUCGGGUUCUAUACCGAUGCUUACGAUGUGAGUGUUUCAUUUUCUGCUCUUGCUAGAGAUCAGCCUACUGGUAAAUGUCCAAUCGUCGGAGACACCGAGGCCCGGUGUCUGGUGUAGCCGGCCUUCCUCAGGCUUCGAACUCUGACGCCGAUCGAGGCGGCACAUUCGGGCUUUUAAUGUUUUGAAACUGACCUAAGCGCCUUCGUGCUUCUCCUAUCCGCCAGAUUUUCGCCAUCAACUUGGCCUCGACGAUGAUCGGAGUGAGUCGCCUUUUGCAUUUCCUUUCAGUCGUAAAACCGAGUUGCGGUGUCUGAGCACGUCAUACGACUUUGUCACUAUCAACAGUACGUCUAUCGACCCAUCACCCUCGCCAAGCCCCGUGGAGCGCUUACGGCCAACCAGGAUCUCGGUCUCAAGGUCGCCACGCCCGUCGGCACCUUGCUCGGUCAACUCGGCUUUGGUGUAAGUCCUAUAGCCUUUAAAUCGGAAAGAUUUUCGGUCAUUGACAUGACCACUACUCCACAGUACCUCGCCGAUGUGUACGGUCGCAAGAAGAUGUACGGUAUCGAGCUCAUGGUCAUCAUCAUCGCCACCGUCGGCCAAGCCGUCGCCGGUCGAGGCCCCGGUAUCUCCCUCCUCGGCGUCCUCAUCUUCUGGCGAGUACUCAUGGGUAUCGGAAUCGGUGGUGACUACCCUCUUUCGGCCACCAUCACGUCCGAGUUCGCUGCGACACGCAUCCGUGGUCGCAUGAUGACCGCCGUCUUCGCCUCGCAAGGAUGGGGACAGCUCUCGGCCGCCCUCGUCUCGCUCGUUUGCCUUGCGGCCUUCAAGAAGCAAAUCUUGGCCGACGACCCUCUCUACCCCCGCCAUCUCGACUUUGUCUGGCGAUUGCUCAUCGGUCUCGGUGCUGUCCCCGGUGGUGUCGCCCUCUACUUCCGUCUCACGAUCCCCGAGACCCCUCGCUUCACCAUGGACAUCGAGCGCAACGUCAAGCAGGCCUCGACCGAUGUCGAUGCUUUCCUUUCGACCGGUGGCUACGUUCACGACUACGACCAAGCCCAGGCCGUCAAGGUUGAGGCCCCCGUUGCCAGCCGCCGUGACUUUAUCGCCCACUUCUCCAAGUGGGAGAACGGCAAGGUCCUCCUCGGCUGCGCCUACUCGUGGUUUGCCCUCGACGUCGCCUUUUACGGUCUUGGUCUCAACUCGUCCAUCAUUCUCGGUGCCAUCGGCUACGGCAACGUCAGCAAGGGAACCCCCCAAUUCGUCCGUUACCAAACCCUCCACAACCUCUCGAUUGGCAACAUCAUCCUGUCCGUGGCCGGCCUCAUCCCGGGCUACUGGGUCUCCUUCCUCUUCAUCGACUCGUGGGGCCGCAAGCCCAUCCAGAUCAUGGGCUUCUGCUUCCUCGUCGUCACUCUCUCGUCCAUGGGUUUCGGUUACCACAAGCUCAAGGACAACGCCCCCGGUGCUUUCGUCGCUCUCUACUGCCUCACCAACUUUUUCCAGAACUUUGGCCCCAACACCACCACCUUCGUUAUCCCCGGUGAGGUCUUCCCUACCCGGUACCGUUCGACCGCGCACGGUAUCAGUGCCGCCUCGGGCAAGUUUGGUGCCAUCGUCGCUCAGAUCAUGGCUUUCAAGCUCAAGGACCGUGGAGGAGCCCCCGGUUCCAACAACUGGGUCAACCACGUGCUCGAGAUCUUUGCGCUCUUCAUGCUCACGGGUCUCUUCUCGACUUUCCUCAUCCCCGAGACCAAGGGCAAGUCGCUCGAGGAGCUCUCCAACGAGUCACAAGACGAGUUCAUCGCCCCUGCCAAGGCUUCUGCCCGCGUCUAA